AUGAGACAUCUCUUUGUCAUUCUCGCGAUCUGUCGCCUAGCCUCUGCGCAAGAUGUGACAUGCUAUAGACCCGACGGCAUCAGCCGCACCUACAAUGGGACAAUAGUGUGCAAUAGCGUCGAGGGUGCGGUGAGCAUGUGCUGCGGGUGGAACGAUAUCUGUCUCCAAAAUGGGCUUUGCAAAGUCAAAUCAGAGGAAUCCGCCGAUGCCACGUACUGGCGAGACAUGUGCUCAGUAUCUACUUGGCCCGAAGUCGGCUGUUUGAAGGCCUGUACUAGAGCAGGAAGCAUUGAUGAACUCGGCAACGCCCCGAUGACUCCCUGCGACGGCACCGACUAUUUUGAGACCUGGUGUUGCGGAUAUACUACGGAUUGCUGCGGUACGAAUGAUGCUGUCACUGUCCCUGCCAACAUCUACACAUCAACAUCAACAUCAAUAUCUAUAUCCACAUCCACGUCGGCGUCAACGUCAUUUACAUCCUCCACAUCUACUCCGACCAGUACGGGAUCUGACUCGAGCCCAAUUCCUACAACCGAGCGAUCCCAGCACGCGUCCGGCCUCUCGAGCGGCGCAAAAGCCGGCAUUGGUGUGGGUGUUGCUGCGGGAGUGAUCGCCGUAGUUGGAUUCGUCGCAUUCUUUGUGCGUCGACAGCGUAAAAGCAAAACAGCCAUGGCUUCGGGGGCCUCAUAUUCAUUCCAGCCGGUGACGGGCUCCGAAAGCCCGCGGCAGCCGGAGCAUACCCAUGUGUAUGAGAAACCCGCAGAUAAGGAAGAUAUGAGGUACGAAUUGCCUGCUGAGCCAUCUGUGGGAACAGAUAGGUAG